GAGAGCUCUUGUAGCACUCAAAAAGUGGAUGAAAAUUCACGAAACACAGAGGGAUUGAUGAUGGGCUCUGACCCUAGCAAUCCUGACCAAACCCAAAAAACAGGCGGACUUCCUAGUAGAAGUCCAAUAGCCUCCGACUCGGUCAGAGUCGAAACAGAUGAAGAAGAUGCGAUACUGGAGGGCGAUCACCAGAAGGAAGAGGGAGCAAAAGUCGAGAGACAGCUCCCAGCACUGCCUAAGUUAUGUGGAGCCGCCAGGAAACGCAUGGUCUGGUUCCGAAAAAGAGGGUACUCCCAAGAAGAAGCCAGGGAAUUGGCCUUAAAACCAAUCCCAGAAGAAAGAAACAAGAAACUGAACAAACAAAAAGAGGGAAAGAAACCGAAAAGACCUCACUCUGAUGGAUCCACUCCGGAGGCCCAUCAGAGGAAGAAAACAAAGAACGAAGGAAAUCAAGGGGAACGCAAGGAGCAAUCUGGACAACCCCAGAAACCUUCAUACAAACAAGCGGUAGCUGGUAUAAGGGUAGGGGUCUUGCACUCCAAUUUUCCCGAGACACUACUCACAACCGAACAGAUGGAGAAGAUCCAGAGCUUCAUCCUGGAAGCUAUCGUGGAGGAACAGGAGGGUCCCUACUCUCCAAGAUUCUACGGUAUCAACAGGAGACAAGGGGUUCUAAUCUUCACCUGCGAAAACACUGAAACAGCAGAAUGGCUUAAAGGAAAGCAAGACUCCCUAAAGCCUUGGGAAGAGGCCAGUCUAAGGAUAGUACCAGAGGAAGAAAUCCCUCGUGCGAGAAUCGCGACUGUCUAUCUUCCUGACAGCAUACUUGACACAACCGAAAAGAUAAUGAAGCUCUUAAAAGGACAAAACAAAGAGCUAUCUGUCGGAGAAUGGAAUGUUCUGCGGAGAAGCGACGAGGGGAAGUCUGUCCUACUCACCCUGGCAGUCGACUGCGCUACAGCGAACAAACUUGAGAAGGAAGGUCCAUGGAUCGGCUACAAGUUUGGGAAAGUUCAGCUUAGACUGAAGAAAAAACAUCAAGAAAACAUAGAACAACCCACAAGGGAAGAGGGGACUACAGAGAAAUCUGAGACGGUCACCACAGAAAAAAUGACCGCUGAAGAGAUGGAAGUGGAGGAGGCCACGAAGGUGUCAGAGCAAUCUGUACAUACCUUACCUAAAAGGUCUACUCCACAAGCCAGAGCAGCGGUCGAAGAAGAAAGACCCACCUGUUCUCUCUUCUUGAAGAAGGGACCUUCACUCAAAGGACCAUCCGUCUCGGCUCGAGGAAGAAAAGGGGAUAAAGUCUCCAAGCAAUCCAGAAGAAGAGACGGGGAUGGACCACCUGGGGGAGGUGGGAAGAAGGCGUAAGUAUGCGCCUAAUACAAAUAACCUACACCAUGCAAAGGGCGCAACUGACAUCUUGGGAAGAAGGUUUAUCUCAACAGGCCUGGAUAUCGCCCUAAUCCAGGAGCCUUGGAUCUAUAGAGGUUGCAUCAGAGGACUGACAACUCAGAUCUAAUAACAAGGGAUCUGGUGGCGGCUACAGUG